AUGAUUGUCGACGCGAUUCCCGACUUCCUCGCCGAGCAGCGCGAUGCUGCGCCAGAGGAGUUACAGCCGCUGAUACUCGACUUCGAAAACUAUUGGGAGAGAAAGCUCUGGCAUCAGCUCACUGAUGCUCUUGUCGAGUUCUUCAGCGACGAUGGCAGCGCUCCUCAACGCCUAGCGUUCUACAGGGUCUUCAUCCUUAAGUUUGCCGAUAAAAUCAAUAAGCUGAAGUUGGUGGACCUUGCCUUGAAGACCGCAUCGCAAUGUAAAGACAACCGCGAGCGUCUCGAGUUCCUGCAGUCCGUUGCGAAGAAGGUUGACACCGAAGACUCUAAAGACGCUCUAGUCUUUGCAUCUGUUGCAGUAGCGCAAGUCAAAUUAAGCCUGAACGAGCUUGAUGAGGCGAGAAAGGACCUAGACGCGGCGGAGCGUGUACUUGAUUCGUUGGACUCGGUGGAGGUUAUCGUACAUGCUGCUUUUUACGAUGCAAACGCCAGCUACUAUCAGGCAAGUCACUUUACACAGCAAACUGCCCUGCUGUACCUCGCUUGCAUCGACCUUUCGACCAUGCCCGAGGACGAACGCCACCGACGAGCAUACUAUUUGAGCGUCGCUGCACUGGUUUCGAACAGCAUUUACAAUUUCGGCGAGCUCCUUCUCCAUCCAAUCCUAGAUGUCCUUGCACAGAGCGAAGACGACUCUUGGCUUCGUGAUCUCCUUUUUGCCUACAAUCGCGGUGACUUGGCCGCGUACGCCGCACUCUCCGACCACAUCGCUUCCAACAAGCUACUGAGCGAGAAUUCGACCCAGCUGAAGCAAAAAAUCUAUUUGGCUGCUCUGACGGAGGCAGUUUUCCGACGCCCUCCUCAUGACCGGGCUAUGUCAUUUGCUACGAUUUCACAUGAGACUAAGGUCCGGCCGGAUGAGAUAGAGCACUUAGUCAUGAAAGCCUUGAGUCUGGGGCUUCUACGUGGAACAAUUGACCAAGUGACCAGCGUUGCUCAAAUUACGUGGGUACAGCCGAAGGUGCUGGAUAUGAAACAGAUCGGAAGCAUGCGCCAACGUCUACUCGACUGGGACUCGAGUGUAAACCAGUUGGGUAACUGGAUCGAGAAGGCUGGCAAGGAUGUUUGGGCAGCGUAG